UUCCUGAGUACACCUGAAUGCGACAGCUCGUUCACGAUAAGACAUCCGCGGGAAAUUCAGAAGCUUUUGGAUUCCCGUUUGGAGCUAAGUAUAUAAACAAAACGAAAACACGACAAAUAUUGCAAAACACGUUUGAACGCGGAUUUACCACAGUAGUGGACCUUACAAGGCGAGCUAAUCAUCAAAAUGUCCAAAAAGAAAGGACUAAGUUUGGAAGAGAAGAGGAGCCGCAUGAUGGAGAUUUUCUUUGAAACUAAAGAUGUAUUUCAGCUGAAAGACAUUGAGAAGAUUGCACCCAAAACAAAGGGAAUAACACCCAUGACGGUGAAGGAGGUGCUGCAGAGCCUGGUGGAUGACAACAUGGUGGACUGUGAGCGCGUGGGCACAUCUAAUUACUACUGGGCUUUCCCGAGCAAAGCUCUGCACGCUCGCGAGCUCAAACUGGAGGAGCUGAACAAACAGGUGUUGGAAGCAAAUCGGCGCAAAACUUCGCUGGAGGACGCAAUUGGAAAAGCCAAAGAAGGACGUCAGGAUACAAAAGAGAGGAGAGCCAUGUUGAAGGAGCUUCAGGCUCUGAAAGAGGAGCGGGCUCAGCUGCAGACGGAGUUGGACAAGUACAAGGAAUGUGACCCGGAAGUUGUCGAACAGAUGAGAAAAUCAAACGUUGUGGCCAAAGAAGCUGUUUCCAGGUGGACAGACAACGUUUUCGCCAUCAAGUCGUGGACCAAGAAAAAAUUUGCAUUUGACGGCAGCCACAUCGACAAAGCUUUCGGGAUCCCCGAGGACUUCGACUACAUGGAUUGAUGACUCUCAGCUCUCGUGUUGAAGGACGCGAGUCUUGCAUUGCCAGACGGAUCUCAUCGGUUAAUAUUGGGCAAUUUUGCCACAACCAAGAGCCUCCAUUAGUGGGUCAGGCGACGAAAGUCAUUCUGCACCUGUUUGCUGAAAAACUGGACUUCCCAAGUAUAUCCGUUGUCGUCUGAUUUAGUCAGUUGUUGUGUUAUUUUGCCUUUUUCUAUUGUUAUCGUACGGUUCCUUCAGUUCUUGUUUCACAAUGUGUUUGUUUGUAUGCUUCUACCCCAGGCCCGUACAAGCACUCUUUCCGCACGAGCCAACCAAACGCGAACAAUUUCUGUCACGACACGUCAGCGAUGACUACUCGUGUCUUCUGCGAAACGAGAUGCAGAGCAGAGCCGCGCUUUGUUGACUUUACAAGCCCGGCGAGUCUACGCACGGGCUCCAACUUUGUUUUUCCGCGUCGCUUGUCGUAAAACACGGUCGCUUUUCUCUACGCUUCGAUACAUGCGCCGGGCGACUUUGCGACUGGACAGUGUUCGUGUUUUGUUUGUUUAAAAUGUGCUGCCCCUGUUAAGUCGUGCAAGAGAGAGAGGGAAUGAUGAGGGUGGGGCGGGUGUCAAUAAAUGCCUGAGUGCUGCUUUGUUUGGACACACCCACUCGUGGGGUGACACGCUCAUGUGUGUACCUGCCCGACCUGUCUUUGUUGCCAAUCAUAAGUGUUUCAUGGUGAUUGUACUGGUGAUUUAAAGCAAGCACACUUUCUUUCUUUUAUGUUCUGUUCCGCUUAUCUUCGGAUAAUCAUUUUUAGAUUGCUGCUCAUUCUAUAGUAUGGGGUGCUCAACCUCAUAGGGGAAAGAUUUUUCCAAAGACCCCCACACCAUAAUCCUAAUCCCAAAAAAACAACUACAUGUAGCUCUAAACAUCAACAAAAAUACAGUGUAUUAUAUUAUUAUAUACGCAGAACGGUGGAUCAGCUGGUAAACUGUUGGCCUUGCAGUUCUGAGGUCCUGGGUUCGAUCCCGGCCCCGCCUGUGUGGAGGUUGCAUGUUCUCCCCGUCCCUGCGUGGGUUUCCUCUGGGCACUCUGGUUUCGUCCCGCAUCCCCAAAACAUGCAACAUUAAUUGGACACUCUAAAUUGCCCCUAGGUGUGAUUGUGAGUGCGGCUGUUUGUCUCCAUGUGCCCUGCGAUUGGCUGGCAACCAGUAAAGGCUGUAGCCUGCCUCCUGCCCCACGAUAGCUAGGAUUGGCUCCAGCACUCACCCUUGUGAGGAUAAGCUGCUAAGAAAAUGGAUGGAUGGGAAUAAAAGUACUAAUUUCAGAAGAUAAAAGGAUUAUAUGCAAGAAUGUUAGUUUUAUGAGAAAAAUCUCGAGAUAUUACGGUGCUAAAAUUGUAACUGAUUUCUUUAAACAAAGUCAUUAUAUUACAAGAACUAAUAUAAAUAUUGCAAUUCAACCAUUUUCUGUCCCACUUAUCCUGACUAAGGUCAUACAGAUAAAUUAAUGUAAUUUAUGAACCAAAAGUUGGAAUUUUUUGGGGAAUAAAGAUUAUUGCAAAUUAA